CAAACACUUGACGAUGAAUGAGUUAAUCGGAAUAUUUACAUCCAUUGCCCUCCUCAUAUAUGUUGCAUGUCUCUUUCACACCAAACGACGUCGUGUGAACCUGCCUCCGGGACCAACUCCAUGGCCAGUGAUAGGCAACAUGUUCCAGCUAGCCGGUUCACCACCACAUCACUCAUUGACUAAUCUUUCAAGGCGUCACGGACCAAUCAUGACUUUGCGUCUUGGUUCGAUGCUGACGGUUGUAAUCUCUUCGAGCGAAGUGGCUAGGGAGAUUUUCAAGAAGCAUGACGCGGCUUUGGCUGGUCGGAAGAUUUAUGAGGCGAUGAAAGGAGGGAAGAGUAGUGAUGGCUCGUUGAUCACGGCUCAGUACGGUCCGUAUUGGCGGAUGCUACGGCGGUUAUGCACCACUCAGUUCUUUGUCACGCGACGUCUUGAUGCUAUGAGUGACGUACGUUCUAGGUGCGUUGAUCAGAUGCUAAGAUUUGUUGAGGAAGGCAGCCAAAACGGUACAAAAACUAUCGACGUGGGGAGAUAUUUCUUCUUGAUGGCAUUUAACCUCAUAGGAAACCUUAUGUUCUCAAGAGACUUGCUUGACCCCGAUUCAAAAAGAGGCUCCGAGUUUUUCUACCACACCGGAAAAGUAAUGGAAUUCGCAGGAAAACCCAACAUUGCUGAUUUCUUUCCUCUCCUGAGGUUUCUUGACCCACAAGGCAUCAGAAGAAAAACGCAAUUCCACGUUGAACGUGCAUUUGAGAUAGCUGGAGAGUUUAUCAAAGAAAGAACUGAGGUUAGGGAGAGAGAAAGGAGCGACGAGAAGACUAAAGAUUACUUAGAUGUUCUUUUGGAGUUUCGCGGUGGCGAUGGAGUUGACGAAGAGCCUUCUAGAUUCUCUGCAAGAGAUAUCAACGUUACUGUUUUUGAAAUGUUUACGGCGGGGACGGACACAACAACGAGCACGUUGGAGUGGGCAUUAGCUGAGCUACUACACAACCCAAGAACCCUAACCAAACUCCAAAACGAACUCCGAACCUACUUAAAAUCUCCGAACGAAAAGCUCCAAGAAGAAGACCUCACGAACCUUCCGUAUCUCUCGGCGGUCAUCAUGGAAACCCUAAGGCUUCAUCCACCACUUCCAUUCCUGGUCCCACACAAGGCCAUGUCCACUUGUCACGUCUUCGACAAAUACACUAUCCCUAAAGAAACACAAGUCUUGGUCAACGUUUGGGCCAUUGGUCGUGACCCUUCAACAUGGGUCGACCCGAAUAUGUUCAAACCCGAGAGAUUUAUAAACGACCCGAAUCCAAGAGACUUCAAAGGACAAGAUUACGAGUUUUUACCGUUCGGGUCGGGACGAAGGAUGUGUCCGGCUUUGCCUUUGGCGUCACGGGUGUUGCCGUUGGCGAUUGGGUCGAUGGUGAGAUCGUUUGAUUGGGCCUUGGCUGAUGGGCUGAGUGGAGAAGAAAUGGAUAUGGGAGAAAGGAUUGGUAUUACAUUGAAGAAAGCUGUUCCUUUGGAAGCGAUUCCCAUUCCUUAUCGAGGGGAUUAGAUUUGGGCAUGCUUCUAGCGAUGUAUAGCUAAGACCGGAUCCAAUAUGAGUAUAUAUACUCCCAAUAAAAAGGAUCUGUAGUGUGAGUAAGUAACGUUGUUUCCGAGAAUUUGGCUGACGGUGUCGGUUACGAGCUAGUGGUUAAAGUUGAGCACAUUUGGCGUUGUUUUGUUUGUUGGAAAUAAACACUACUAGAUAGUUUUUCUUUUUAUAUUUGUGCUUCGAUGCAUACGUAGCAAGCAAUAGUGUCUGUAUGCAAACGUGACAUGUAAUUAGCUAUCAACCCAUCGUCCCUUCCAAAAGUCAGAACCUUUU